CUUCUUGAUUCGUGUACUGUUGCUGCAUUCCCCACUCAAGAGAGAUAAAAGCCACAGCCACUUGGUGCAGUGACUCUCUCUCUAUCUCUCUCUCUCUAAUCUUAGGGAUCAUCGAAUAGCUUCUUGGCUAUGGCGGAGGAGAGGUCAACAGGGAAGGUCCGGUGGUUCAACGACUCCAAGGGAUUCGGCUUCAUCACUCCUGACGACGGCGGUGAGGAUCUCUUCGUCCACCAAUCCUCCAUCAAAUCCGACGGCUUCCGCAGCCUCGCCGAGGGCGAUACGGUUGAGUUCCAGAUCGCGAUCGCCGACGACGGAAAGACCAAGGCCGUCGACGUUACCGGUCCCGGCGGAUCCUCCCUGCAAGGGACAAAGAAGGGAGGAGGCGGCCGCGGUGGCGGAUUCGGAGGUGGCGGAUUCGGCGGUGGCGGAUUCGGCGGUGGAUGGAGAGGCGGCGACAGGCGAAAUGGCGGCGGAGGCUCCGGCUGCUUCAAUUGCGGCGAUCCUGGUCACUUGGCUAGGGAUUGCGAUCGCGAUCGUGGCAAUAACGGAAACUUUGGCGGCGGUGGCGGCGGUGGAGGCGGCGGAGGCUGUUUCUCUUGCGGUGAGUUCGGACACAUGGCGAGGAACUGUCCGAGAGCCAGCGGUGGAGCCGGCGGAGGUGUCGGCGGCGGAGGCGGCGGCGGCGGAGGCGGUUGUUACAAGUGCGGUGAGUUCGGACACUUGGCGAGGGACUGUAACAGAGGCGGCGGCGGCGGCGGUUCUGGUGGUUGCUAUAAUUGCGGUGAGUUUGGGCAUAUGGCGAGGGAAUGCAGCAAGGCUAGCGGCGGCAGCGGAGGAGGCGGAAACUCCUGUUACAAUUGUGGAAAUCCUGGGCAUUUUGCGAGGGAAUGCCCUGAUGCCGCUUGAUGAAUGAGAAGAACUCAAGAAGAAGACGAAAAGAAAGAGAGUAAUAGUACAUAUUUCUCUUUUUUCUUUUUUUGCUUUACUUUUAUCCCUUUGGUUGUUUAAUCUCUUUGUUUAUUUUGGCUCUAUGGUGGUUUAUACAUAGGAUGAUGCCUUUUGCUCUCCAGGGAUUUUUUUUUUGCUUUGGUUGGUUGGUUUUGAUGAUUCGCUGCUUUGUGAAAGCGAAAUUUUCCAGUUUACACACACAGAUAUAUAAUGUGGUGGUUCGUUUAGAGUUUCAGGCCUUUUUUAAGGAAAAAAAAAAAAAAAAAAAAACAUAUCUUGUUCAGUUACUGAUAUGUUGGAUAAAUUUCGAAUGGAUCUGGUUUAAUCUUCAACUGUGAAUAUUUGUGUUGUGUUGCA